UCAAUUUGGCAAAGUGUUUCACAAGAAAGAAAAAUGAUACAUCGAUCAUCUCAAAAUUCCAGCUGCAGUACGGAAAAAACCCUGGAAAAUACAAGCAGAGGAAUCGGUCUUCAAGAAGCUGUAGAUGCGGAGGAUGAUCUAUCGUAUGGAUCCAGUUUCUCUAACCGUAAGUCAUGUGAAAUGGAAAACAAAUCUGAAAAGCUAGCUGUUUCAAGCUUAGAACCAUCGAAAGAAGAUAUUAACGAAUCCCAACAAACACAUACAAAGCCAUCAAUUUCUAAUAUUUCAGAAAAUUAUCAGGGUGUUUCCAAAGACGAAUCAAAGACUCUUCAAUAUUUGGGUCCAGUUAUUAAUGAGAAGAAAUCUGAUGAUUAUCUUCGAGAAAUACAUGGUGUCUCAGAGGUUGGGGUAGUAUUGAGAGAUAUUAAAGAUUCUUUGGCUCUGCAUUCUUCGCAUAAAUUCAAUUUAAUCGGCCAAACAGAUGGCAGUCAAUGUUUGGAAUCAAUAUUAGUUUCUGGUUCUUGUUCUAAUCAAGAAUAUGGAUUUGUUAUCGAUGCAGAUGGUCUCGGUGGUGAAGUUGUUAGAUACGAACGCAGUACUUCAAAAGUAGAGCGAUAUUCACUUAGAGAAAGACCUCUAACUUUGAAAAUCAUGAAUCAAUACUCACCAUUAAGACCACUCUCAAUAAAACCACAUUUAACAAAGAUGUUGCAAUCAGAUAAAAAAAAAACUGUGGUGCAGCAUUCCGUUUCCGGCCGUAGACGAAAAAAUCCAUUCAGUUUUUCGAAUCAACCUGGAGAAUCGUCGUCAAUGAAUCUUGAAAGUUCUUCAAAAAAACGCUUUUAUGACUGGAGUUCAAAGCAGUCAUCGACUUCCUCAUCAAGUAGCGAGCGUUUGCAAUAUGAAACUUCUGAUGAAGAAGUAGAACCAAGUAUGGACGUUGGCAGAGUUGAAAAUGAUGUGUAUGAAGUGGAACGGAUUCUCGCCUCUAAAAGGACAGGAAAAGGUAGCUUGCUAUAUUAUAUCAAAUGGGUUGGAUGGCCAUAUAGAAUGAGUUCUUGGCAACGAAAACAAACGUUUGACAAUAUUUCCGAAUUAGCAAAAGAAUAUUUUGAUCGAAAAAGAGCGCUUUCUUACGUUUUGCACCGUGAACGAAACUGGGAAACAGAGAAAGAAUUGUCACAAUUACACAGCCUCAUUCGGUGGGAGAACGAAAUAAAUAGUAUUUUGCUCGCAAAUGGUCGUCAAAUUUUGUACAUUUGUAACGAUAUUGAUCAUGUCAGACGCAGACGAAAUUUUAAGUUGGCGAAAUCAGUCUUUUUUUAUACAAAGAACAAACGUAUUAGACCAUGCUAUUAUCACUUAUAUGGAUUAAUUGUUGUGGAGUGUUAUGAUUGCCAGUGUUCCAGUGACUGUCCAACAAAAGUGAUUCAGAAUGGACGGCGUUACAAAGUUGCAAUAGUCCGUACCAAGAAAUGUGGAUGGGGAUUAUUCGCGUUAGAGACUAUAGCAGCACAUUCCUUUGUUGUGGAAUAUGUUGGAGAAGUUUUAACUGUUGCGGAAGGUAAUGCUCGUCCUGAUAAAAAAUAUCAGUUUGAAUUAGAUGGCUAUGGUGAAAUGAAGUAUGUCAUUGAUGCGAAAAAUUAUGGUAAUGAAGCAGCAUUCAUCAACCACUCAUGUAAUCCAAAUCUAAUUGCUAUUUGUGCACGAGUUGAACGUUUCGAUCUCUCAUUCCAUCGAAUUGGCCUUUUCAGCAGGCGCCGAAUUGAUCGAGGAGAAGAACUGACAUUAAACUACUUUGAAGGGAAACUGAAGGAAAAUACGGUUAUUCUGCCUGAAGAAGGAUCCAGAAAAUGUUUUUGUGGUGUUUCGGAUUGCAUGGGUUAUUGGCCACGACUUAGUUAUAAUUCUGUUAAAGAUAAAAGCAACGUUGACGAGAAAGAAAAUGACCCAUGCACGUCAAAGACAUAA